CAUACGCUGCCCCGACACGGCGCAACUGCACGACAGACCAAAGAGACCAGACCCAACCACAUCGGCCCGGCGGCGCAGGGGUUUCCUUCCUUCCUUCCACGAUCCACGGUCGCGGCGAGGCGAUGGACGCCGACCACGGCGGCGCGGCGGACGAGGCGGAGGCGGCCUUCUUCGCGCGCCGGGGCAGCCGGUGCUGCUGCUUCCCCUGCUGGCCCUCCUCCGCGCCCUCCUCGUCCUCCCACCAGCGCGUGGGCGGGGCGGCGGCGACGCUGGGCGGGGAGGAGGAGCACUGGUGGCAGGGCGCGGUGGACGCGCUGCUCAAGGUGCGGGAGUGGUCGGAGCUGGCGGCCGGGCCGCGGUGGAAGACCUUCAUCCGGCGCUUCGGUCGCGGCCCCCGCCCGCACCACCACGCCUUCGGCGGCCGCAAGCUCAACUACGACGCGCUCAGCUACGCGCUCAACUUCGACGAGGGCCACGGCGCCACCCCCGAGGCCGGCGACCACGCCGGCGGCUACCGCGACUUCUCCUCCCGCUUCGCCGCCCCGCCCGCCUCCGCCAAGUCCUCCAUGGACCUCGGCGGCCGCGACGCGCCGCCGCUCUUCCCCCCGCCCCCCGCCGACGGCGCCCCGCGGGCCUGACCGCUCCUCCGCCCCCGUCCCCCGGAUCACACCACAGGGAAAGGAAAGGUAUCGUUCGAUGGAUGAUGGUGGUCAAACUUCAAACUUUCAAAGCGUGGCGAAAAGAUGGUGGCCUUUUCUCGGAUGGUUCGGCUCGAUCGGGAUGGGGAUGGAUGGGGAUCGUUUCUUUCUUCCAGUUCUUUCUCUCCUCCCCUGUUCCUAUGAUUGAUUGUUCGUCGCUGUACAAAGAAAAACAAAGAAGAAGAGAAGCGAUUGCUACAUUCGUUCUCAUACUUAUCAAUCCAAGUUUUGUCCCCGAUUACGGCUGAUAAU